CAUUUGCACUGGGAAUAGUCGAAUUCAUGUGUUGUAAUUUAUGACUUACACCACAGUAAGUCAAUUUGCUGCGGGCGAAAGGUGAGGACGGGUCUCUCUGAUGAUUUGCUUCAUCAAUAGGCGCAUCAUUGGAGAUAUUUUUCAAUGCCAAUGACUGAAGUGGUUUGAAAUUAGAUUUUUUUUUUUAAGAUGGCUGAAAACAACCGACACAACUUGCAGGUGAUAGCAUGUGCGCUGUUUACCCUCGUGACGUUACCUAUCAAAACCUUGGGGAACUCCGACUCCUGCCCCGUUGUUUGUGAAUGCUCAGAGUGGAAGAGUUACACUAUCUCCUGCUUUGACAUUGAUGUCAUUCCCACAUUUCCUGCAAGCACAGAGACACUGUGGCUUCUGGAGACUCGUCUGAUAUCAGUGCCAGGGGAUGUGUUCUCCAACUUGGUGAACAUCUCAAGGAUAUACAUCUCAGUGGAUGUGACCCUGGCGAGACUUGAGAGGCAUUCCUUCUACAAUCUAAAGAAAAUAACCCAUAUAGAGAUCCGAAAUGCGAGAAGUCUGUCAUACAUCGAUCCAGAAGCAUUCAAGAACCUUCCAAACCUGAUAUACUUAGGCAUUUUCAAUACUGGCCUCUGUGUGUUUCCUGAUCUCACCAACAUCCACUCAGAUGAUUUGAACUUCAUGCUUGAAAUAGCUGACCACCCUUAUAUCUCUGAGGUCCCAGCCAACUCAUUCCGCGGUAUUACCAACCGACUGCUGACAGUAACUAUGUACAAUAACGGUUUCACCGACAUCCAAGAUCAUGCUUUUAAUGGGACCAAACUGGAUUCUGUGUAUCUCCAUAGAAACAAGCGUCUGACCAAGAUGGAUGAAAGAAUGUUUGCUGGCACUGUUAGUGGCCCCAUGCUUCUCGACGUGUCCGAGACAGCUGUGUCGUCCCUCCCCACUGUCGGCUUGGAGUCCAUCAGGAAGCUGAUAGCCCGCAGUGCCUGGAACCUCAAGAAGCUCCCGCCAGUCGCAACCUUUAAACACCUGUCCACCGCGGACCUCACCUACCCUUCCCACUGCUGCGCCUUCAAGAACCUGAAAAGAAAGAGAGUAUUUGUGGAGUACAUCAUCUGCAACAUAACCGCUCUCUACGACCAGCCUCAGAAGAGAUCGGUGGACCCUCUCAGAUUCCCAUUCCUUCCAGGAGAUGCAGCAUCUGACGUCACAGCCGACCAGCCUCAGAAGAUAUCUGUAGGCCCUUUCAGAGUUCCCGCCCUCCAACGGGACCUCAUUGGGGAUGCGGCCGACCAGGAGCCCAGCGAGAGGAGCUUCAGGGAUGGGCUGUUCAGAGACCCCCGGGGAGACUUCCACAGCAGCCUCCACUACCACGCCUACUUUGGCGGCCAGCCGGACGAUGACAUGGGCUUCGGGGAGACGCUGAAGAAUCCCCAGGAGGACAGCGGCCAGGACUUCGACAGCCGCUACGACUACGUUGUCUGCGAAGAGGGCGAGGAGGUGACCUGCGCCCCAGCGCCAGACGAGUUCAACCCGUGCGAGGACAUCAUGGGCUUCGGCUUCCUGCGCGUGUCCGUGUGGUUCGUGUCUUUGCUGGCCGUGGUGGGCAACAUGGUGGUGCUGGUAGUCCUCCUCACCUCUCACUACAAGCUCUCCGUCUCCCGCUUCCUCAUGUGUCACCUGGCCUUCGCCGACCUCUGCAUGGGGAUAUACCUCCUCCUCAUCGCCUCCGUCGACCUCCACAGCCGAGCGGAGUACUACAACCACGCCAUCGACUGGCAGACGGGGCCGGGUUGCGGGUUGGCAGGGUUCUUCACCGUGUUCGCCAGCGAGCUGUCGGUGUACACGCUGAUGGCGAUCACGCUGGAGAGGUGGCAUGCCAUAACGUUCGCCAUGAGGCUGGACAGGAAGCUCCGUCUGUCCCACGCCGCGGUCAUAAUGCUGGCUGGCUGGUUGCUCUGCCUACUCCUAGCGGUGCUCCCCCUAGUGGGCGUAAGCAGCUACCAGAAGGUCAGUAUCUGUCUGCCCAUGGACACCCAGACCACCAUGGCCCAGGUCUACAUUCUCUCAGUCCUGAUCCUCAACAUCCUGGCAUUUCUGGCCAUCUGCGCAUGUUACAUCAAGAUCUACUGCGCUGUCCACAACCCGCACUACCGCUCAGGCUCCAAAGACACCAACAUCGCCAAACGAAUGGCAGUCCUCAUCUUUACUGACUUCCUGUGUAUGGCGCCGAUCUCCUUCUACGCCAUGUCGGCCGUUCUGGACCACCCUCUCAUUACUGUGUCCAACUCCAAGAUCCUUCUGGUGCUCUUCUACCCUCUUAACUCCUGUGCCAACCCCUUUCUGUAUGCCAUUUUCACCAAGGCAUUCAGGGGGGAUGUCUUUAUCCUGCUUAGUAAAGUGGGGUUGUGCCAGCGCAGGGCGCAGCUCUUCAGGGGACAAACAGUUAGUUCAAAGGGCAGCAGUGGGGAGUGUCACCGGGGGUGGAGAGGUAAGAAGAGCGACAAAGACAGGAAGGAGACAGGAAGACAAGAGGAGGUGCCCAUCCACCUGGUGGAGUGUUCUGGGUCUGGUCACACAUAUUUCCAGCCUACCUCCCAGCAACCCAGUCCAGAGGAGAGCCGUAGUCUGGAAACAUGAACCCAACCUGGCCCGGAGGGAUCGAAGAGGACCCUGGUGGUGCCAAAGGGUGGUUUGGUUGGAGGGGAUUGGAG